GACGAGACCGUCGACGUGGUUGUCGAAGGAAGGGAGACGCUUGAGACGAGUGCCGUUGACAUGGAGGUGGACCCGACGGCCCCGGUGCCGCAAUCAACAACGCGAGCCACCGUUUCCAUUGAAGAGCGGCGACAAGGCUCCGAGGUUGUGAAUGACAGCAUCUCGCUGAGCUCUGACGUUGUGCACAAGAAGACAAAGGUCAAGUGCAAAGCCAAGGUAAAGAAGAAGGUGGAAAAGCCGAUCGACGAGAUUUCGCCCGCAGAGGAGACCGUCGACGUGGUUGUCGAAGGAAGGGAGACGGUUGAGACGAGUGCCGUUGACAUGGAGGUGGACCCGACGGCCCCGGUGCCGCAAUCAACAACGCGAGCCACCGCUUCCAUUGAAGAGCGGCGACAAGGCUCCGAGGUUGUGAAUGACAGCAUCUCGCUGAGCUCUGACGUUGUGCACAAGAAGACAAAGGUCAAGUGCAAAGCCAAGGUAAAGAAGAAGGUGGAAAAGCCGAUCGACGAGAUUUCGCCCGCAGAGGAGACCGUCGACGUGGUUGUCGAAGGCACUCGUGCUUCAUGUGCCCACAGCAGCCAGCCCACAGCAGCACGGCGAUCUCCGAUUCGACAGGCUGUGGAGUUGCAGGUGGACCCGUCGGCCCCGGACGUUGUGCACAAGAAGACAAAGGUAAAGAAGAAGGUGAACAAGCCGAUCGACGACAUUUCGCCCGAAGGGCAUCUCGUCAUCGAUGUGUCAGAUACGAUGAGUUCGGAGAUGGUCGAGGGUGCCAUCAGUCUUGAGGAAGUGGCCUUCGAAGAGGCGAUUUCCUUCAGUGCACCAGGCGACCUACCCUGGCACAGCCAUGUGCAUGGCGAUCGGGGUGACAUCUCCGGUACGCAGGCACCGGAACAGAAGUACAUCAAAAAGAUUCCGCAAGACAAGGUCGCCGAAGCCUCAG